ACGUGACAUCUGCCAUACACACAGAUAUUGUUCCCGCUCCAGUGCCUUUGUACUUAGUAUCCGACUCAACGCCUCCACAUGUGAGAAAGUUUAAAAUUUUAAAUUUCUAUUAAUGUGAUCCCUUAAUGCGAAGCCAUAACCCAAGAAACAUGCAUCUCCAACUUCACAGUCCUUGCAUGGACUUGACGAUUCUCGUGGAUCAUUACAUGUGUGUGUUAUUGUUGUUGUGAACGGAUACCUCGACACAGUGACAGGUUUGGGGCGGAAAAGGGCGGAGUUGAACAGUUUUCAAACAGUCUCAGGGUGUACCGUGAAAACAACAUGGCGUUUAAAUGUAAGGUCUUUGGGAUAUGCCUCAUGGUGACUGUGACGUCACUGGCUGUAUUAUUGUCCAGGAUCCUCCAAACAACCCUGACGUCACGAGCAAGCUUUGGACGGAGCGGCGUUCUGGCAAGUGUGCGAGGUUAUGAGAGACAGAGUAGGUCUAUGGCAGAGACACUGCGCAGCGUCCGUCUUCUCUGCUGGGUAAUGACGAUGCCAAGCAACUUCAAGAAAAAGGCUAGAUACGUCAGAGAGACGUGGGGAAAGAGAUGUGACGUACUCCUCUUCUUCAGCUCGGUAGAAAAUAAAGCCCUGUCUGUCAUUGGUCUCAACGUUUCGGAAGGACGAAGCCAUCUCACUGACAAAACUUACCACGCAUUCCGCUACGUGUAUAAACAUUAUUUCAACCAGGCUGAUUGGUUUCUAAAGGCUGACGAUGACACUUAUGUAAUCGUAGACAAUCUCAAGUUCUACCUGUCCAAGUUUGAUAAGAAUCAGGGACUAUAUUUCGGAGCUACCUUUUCGAGAGUCACACCCCAAGGUUACAACAGCGGAGGUGCCGGUUAUGUGCUGAGUAAAGAGGCUUUGAAAAAAUUUGGUGAGCGUGGAAGUAAUAAUACGGCGUGUCCAUUUGAGCGGGGCGUCGAGGACGUGGCAAUGGGUCUCUGCAUGUUCAACCUGGGGGUCAAGCUUGUCAACACGCUGGAUAAGAAGAAUAAGACCCGGUUCCACGCCUACAACCCCCUCACCCACAUGGAAGCUGGGGACAAAUACCUCAACUCUUUUUCAGCGUAUGGCUACAGAACUGGAGCGAUGAACAUUAGUGAUCUGCCCCUGACGUUUCACUACAUACAAGGUCGGAACAUGAAGGCUAUGGAGUUCUACCUAUAUCAUGUCCGCCAUGUUGGAGAUGGCGGGACAGUCUUAACUUAAUACAGCGAUCUCUCGGUUUCCUUUUUGUCAUCUGUGAGGUCAUCCUCUAUUGUCCACGGUAUUAUAUUUCAUUAUAUACCCUGGACCCAUACCCGAGACUAUCGAGGAUGUUUUCCAUGGAUUCAUACCCUAGGUUAUCGAGUAUGCUAUCCCUGUACCCAUACGCAAGAUUAUCAAUGACGUCCCUGGACCAAUACCCUACAUUAUCGUGGAUGUUGUCGCCGUACCCCUUAGGGCUGGGUAGAGUCAAAAUUUUCUACCCGGGUACCCGACCCCCUAUUACCCGACGCUACCCGGGUACCCACUGCAGGUCUCAAGAGUUGGGAACAAAAUGUCUGAUUGGGAAUUGUUUUACCACAGCCCUGGCCAAAGCUAUUCAGAUACAUGUAUCAAACGACCAGAUCAUGCGUACACUGUGUUCCCUGUGUUCAUACCCUAGAUCAUCGAGUAUGCUGUCCCUGGAUUGAUACCCUAGAUUAUCGAGUAUGCUGUCCCCGGAUUCAUACCCUAGAUUAUCGAGUAUGCUGUCCCCGGAUUCAUACCCUAGAUUAUCGAGUAUGCUGUCCCUGGAUUCAUACCCUAGAUUAUCGAGGAUGCUGUCCCCGGAUUCAUACCUUAGAUUAUCGAGGAUGUUGUCCCUGGAUUCAUACCCUAGAUUAUCGAGGAUGAUGUCCCUGGAUACAUACCCUAGAUUAUCGAGGAUGCUGUCCCUGGAUUCAUACCCUAGAUUAUCGAGGAUUAUCGUCAGAUAAACAACUGCUGUCCUGGACCCAUACGCCACCAUAGUUUCGUUUUGAACCCAAUUCUAUAGACACAACGCCAAAUCAAGUUGCUCGCGAGAGAAAUUGUGUGAGAAUACGGGAUAAGGGCGAUGAAGGUUGCCGCGUCAUGGGUAUAUAUGAUAAUAGAAUGGAGAUAAUAUACCCUGCAUUAUCGAGGAUGCUGUGAUUUAAGCUUGGUCCGUGCUUCACCAAACCACGGAACCAGGAACCAGUUCAUCUUUGAUACAAGGGAAUACAAGGGACAUCUUCUCAUCGCCGUUUGAUAGAGAUACUGAGGAAUGGAGGCCUUACUGGGACUCCAUACUAUAAUUACAGUUUGUUAUAUUGUCAUUACAAUGGAUGAUAACUAUAUCCCUGUGAAAGGUUGAGCAAUAAAUAUGGAGAGAAU